AUGAGAGCGGGCAGACGUGGCAAAGGGCGGACAGACUGGCAAAGAGCGGGUAGGCGUGGCAAAGGGCGGGCAGACGUGGCAAAGGGCGGGCAGACGUGGCAAAGGGCGGGCAGACGUGGCAAAGGGCGGACAGACUGGCAAAGAGCGGGCAGGCGUGGCGAAGAGCGGGCAGGCGUGGCGAAGAGCGGGCAGGCGUGGCGAAGAGCGGGCAGGCGUGGCGAAGAGCGGGCAGGCGUGGCCAAGAGCGGGCAGGCGUGGCGAAGAGCGGGCAGGCGUGGCGAAGAGCGGGCAGGCGUGGCGAAGAGCGGGCAGGCGUGGCGAAGAGCGGGCAGGCGUGGCGAAGAGCGGGCAGGCGUGGCGAAGAGCGGGCAGGCGUGGCGAAGAGCGGGCAGGCGUGGCGAAGAGCGGGCAGGCGUGGCGAAGAGCGGGCAGGCGUGGCGAAGAGCGGGCAGGCGUGGGGAAGAGCGGGCAGGCGUGGCGAAGAGCGGGCAGACGUGGCGAAGAGCGGGCAGACGUGGCGAAGAGCGGGCAGACGUGGCGAAGAGCGGGCAGACGUGGCGAAGAGCGGGCAGACGUGGCGAAGAGCGGGCAGACGUGGCGAAGAGCGGGCAGACGUGGCGAAGAGCGGGCAGACGUGGCGAAGAGCGGGCAGACGUGGCGAAGAGCGGGCAGACGUGGCGAAGAGCGGGCAGACGUGGCGAAGAGCGGGCAGACGUGGCGAAGAGCGGGCAGACGUGGCGAAGAGCGGGCAGACGUGGCGAAGAGCGGGCAGACGUGGCGAAGAGCGGGCAGACGUGGCGAAGAGCGGGCAGACGUGGCGAAGAGCGGGCAGACGUGGCGAAGAGCGGGCAGACGUGGCGAAGAGCGGGCAGACGUGGCGAAGAGCGGGCAGACGUGGGCAGGCGUGGCAAAGAGCGGGCAGGCGUGGCAAAGAGCGGGCAGGCGUGGCAAAGAGCGGGCAGGCGUGGCAAAGAGCGGGCAGGCGUGGCAAAGAGCGGGCAGGCGUGGCAAAGAGCGGGCAGGCGUGGCAAAGAGCGGGCAGACGUGGCAAAGAGCGGGCAGACGUGGCAAAGAGCGGGCAGACGUGGCAAAGAGCGGGCAGACGUGGCAAAGAGCGGGCAGACGUGGCAAAGGGCGGGCAGGCGUGGCAAAGGGCGGGCAGGCGUGGCAAAGGGCGGGCAGGCGUGGCAAAGGGCGGGCAGGCGUGGCAAAGGGCGGGCAGGCGUGGCAAAGGGCGGGCAGGCGUGCCGAAGGGCGGGUAGGCGUGGCGAAGGGCGGGUAGGCGUGGCGAAGAGCGAGCAGGCGUGGCGAAGAGCGGGCAGGCGUGGCGAAGAGCGGGCAGGCGUGGCGAAGGUCGGGCAGACGUGGCGAAGGUCGGGCAGACGUGGCGAAGGUCGGGCAGACGUGGCGAAGGUCGGGCAGACGUGGCGAAGGGCGGGCAGACGUGGCGAAGGGCGGGCAGACGUGGCGAAGGGCGGGCAGACGUGGCGAAGGGCGGGCAGACGUGGCGAAGGGCGGGCAGACGUGGCAAAGAGCGGGCAGACGUGGCAAAGAGCGGGCAGACGUGGCAAAGAGCGGGCAGACGUGGCAAAGAGCGGGCAGACGUGGCAAAGAGCGGGCAGGCGUGGCAAAGAGCGGGCAGGCGUGGCAAAGAGCGGGCAGACGUGGCAAAGAGCGGGCAGGCGUGGCAAAGAGCGGGCAGGCGUGGCAAAGAGCGGGCAGGCGUGGCAAAGAGCGGGCAGGCGUGGCAAAGAGCGGGCAGGCGUGGCAAAGAGCGGGCAGGCGUGGCAAAGAGCGGGCAGACGUGGACAAGGGCGGGCAGACGUGGCAAAGAGCGGGCAGACGUGGCAAAGAGCGGGCAGACGUGGCAAAGGGCGGGCAGACGUGGCAAAGAGCGGGCAGACGUGGCAAAGGGCGGGCAGACGUGGCAAAGAGCGGGCAGACGUGGCAAAGAGCGGGCAGACGUGGCAAAGAGCGGGCAGACGUGGCAAAGAGCGGGCAGACGUGGCAAAGAGCGGGCAGACGUGGCAAAGAGCGGGCAGACGUGGCAAAGAGCGGGCAGACGUGGCAAAGAGCGGGCAGACGUGGCAAAGAGCGGGCAGACGUGACAAAGAGCGGGCAGGCGUGGCAAAGGGCGGGCAGACGUGGCAAAGGGCGGGCAGACGUGGCAAAGAGCGGGCAGGCGUGGCAAAGAGCGGGCAGGCGUGGCAAAGAGCGGGCAGACGUGGCGAAGAGCGGGCAGGCGUGGCGAAGAGCGGGCAGACGUGGCGAAGAGCGGGCAGGCGUGGCGAAGAGCGAGCAGACGUGGCGAAGAGCGGGCAGACGUGGCGAAGAGCGGGCAGACGUGGCGAAGAGCGGGCAGACGUGGCGAAGAGCGGGCAGACGUGGCGAAGAGCGGGCAGACGUGGCGAAGAGCGGGCAGACGUGGCGAAGAGCGGGCAGACGUGGCAAAGAGCGGGCAGACGUGGCAAAGGGCGGGCAGACGUGGCAAAGGGCGGGCAGACGUGGCAAAGGGCGGGCAGACGUGGCAAAGAGCGGGCAGACGUGGCAAAGAGCGGGCAGACGUGGCAAAGAGCGGGCAGGCGUGGCAAAGAGCGGGCAGGCGUGGCAAAGAGCGGGCAGGCGUGGCAAAGAGGGGGCAGGCGUGGCAAAGAGCGGGCAGGCGUGGCAAAGAGCGGGCAGGCGUGGCAAAGAGCGGGCAGGCGUGGCAAAGAGCGGGCAGACGUGGCGAAGAGCGGGCAGACGUGGCGAAGAGCGGGCAGACGUGGCGAAGAGCGGGCAGACGUGGCGAAGAGCGGGCAGACGUGGCGAAGAGCGGGCAGACGUGGCGAAGAGCGGGCAGACGUGGCGAAGAGCGGGCAGACGUGGCGAAGAGCGGGCAGACGUGGCGAAGAGCGGGCAGGCGUGGCAAAGAGCGGGCAGGCGUGGCAAAGAGCGGGCAGGCGUGGCAAAGAGCGGGCAGGCGUGGCAAAGAGCGGGCAGGCGUGGCAAAGAGCGGGCAGGCGUGGCAAAGAGCGGGCAGGCGUGGCAAAGAGCGGGCAGGCGUGGCAAAGAGCGGGCAGGCGUGGCAAAGAGCGGGCAGGCGUGGCAAAGAGCGGGCAGGCGUGGCAAAGAGCGGGCAGGCGUGGCAAAGAGCGGGCAGGCGUGGCAAAGAGCGGGCAGGCGUGGCAAAGAGCGGGCAGGCGUGGCAAAGAGCGGGCAGGCGUGGCAAAGAGCGGGCAGGCGUGGCAAAGAGCGGGCAGACGUGGCAAAGAGCGGGCAGACGUGGCAAAGAGCGGGCAGACGUGGCAAAGAGCGGGCAGGCGUGGCAAAGGGCGGGCAGGCGUGGCAAAGGGCGGGCAGGCGUGGCAAAGGGCGGGCAGGCGUGGCAAAGGGCGGGCAGGCGUGGCAAAGGGCGGGCAGGCGUGGCAAAGGGCGGGCAGGCGUGGCAAAGGGCGGGCAGGCGUGGCAAAGGGCGGGCAGGCGUGGCAAAGGGCGGGCAGGCGUGGCAAAGGGCGGGCAGGCGUGGCAAAGGGCGGGUAG